AUGUUCCCUGGGCAAGAUGCUGCUUUGAUUGAACGUAUGUUCGACCUGUUCGAUACGGAUGGUAGCGGCAUCAUCGAAUUGAGGAAGUUUAUCAUUGGUUUAUCGAACGUCUCGAGCAUUUCGACUGUCGAGAAAGUGAAACUCGCCUUCAGCUUGUAUGAUUUGGGCAACUCGGGCUCGCUGGAAUACGCUGAAGUCCUGCAGCUGCUCAUUGCUGCACAGGCCGGAAUAGGGCCAAUCAGCGACUCAGAUGUUCGCACUCGGGUGGGUUAUGCGUGUGCCUACGAUAAGUCCAGUUCUUUCGGGGACGAUUUUCGGGCAUUCCGAUAG